AUGGCGUGGUUGUCGAUUUAUAUGAAAGUGUCUGAAAGAUAUAUUUUCUAUGUUAUUAGGCUGAUUCCUGAAUCGCCUCGCUGGCUAAUCGGUAAGCACCGAUAUCACGCCGCCUACAGAGUACUUCAGAAAAUAGCCAAGUCAAACAAAGCGACAAUAGACAAUGGAGUAUUGGAGAGGAUAGAGACGAAUGCAGUGUCUGAAUCUACCGGAAGUCUCUGGCAGCUGUUCUCCUCAAGGAGCAUGAUUCUGCGCACACUCGUCAUUAUGUUCAACUGGUGUAUAGUGAGCAUGAGUUACUACGGACUAUCUCUUAAUGCUGGUAACCUAGGAGGAAACUUGUACCUGAACAUGAUGUUAUCUGGACUAGUAGAAAUUCCAGCUUAUACCAUGGCCUUACUAUUGGUGGAUCGAGUAGGAAGGAAAAGAAUUUAUUCUCUAAGUAUGAUAUUUGGAGGAUGUGCUUGUGCAUCCACAAUCAUUCCCAUUGUGUAUAACGAGAUUGAGAACCAGGCUAUUGUCACAACACUUGCCAUGGUGGGAAAGUUUGGGACGACAGCUGCAUAUGGCACACUAUUCCUUUAUUCUGCCGAGUUGUUUCCUACUGCGGUACGAAACUCUGCUUUGGCUUCCAGUUUGUGUUCUGCAAGGAUAGGAGGAAUUGUGGCACCAUAUAUUGCAGAUUCAACAGCUUUAAUUGGUGGCAUGGUUGGCAAAAUGUUUCCUUUUGGAUUGUUUGGAUUUUUGUCUGUCAUCGCUGGUUUGUCGUCCAUGUACUUGCCAGAAACGUUGAACAAAUCUUUACCAGAAACAAUGGAGGACAGUAAACUCCUCGGAAAGUCAUCUGAUAUAUCACUGGAGGACAACAAGGAGAACAAGUAUCCUUCGUACGGAGGCGAUGGCUAUCAUUCCGGGAAAGAAAAUAGCCAACUUUAA